AUGCGAAUGAAGGCUUCUGCUGGUUUUGCUAGUGCUGGUGCACUUGGAAUAGCUUGUGGAUGGGUUAUGGCUCUGGCAUGGCUUAUCUAUCUGCUGUGGUUGUGGAUAUCAUUUAGAGAGCCUUUGCACGACGAGGAAGUGAAUAUUGGGCAACAGAAAACAAAUUCGGUCAUGGCUGCAGUUCUAAAUCCUUACGUUCUUAUUGUUGGUCGUCCCUUUGUUGGCUUCGGGGUGGGCGUUGCAUUUGUUGCUACUCCUGUGUAUACUGCUAAAGCUGAAGAAUCAUCACCAACUUUUUAG